UCAAUUCGGGAACGUCGUGAUUAAAACGUGAAAUAAUGAAUUUUGUUGUUUUAGAAUAUGGGUGAAUAUGUGCAAUAAUUUAUUAUACUUUGAUGUGCAUAGUGUUGUGUUUUAAUAGUAUCUGUGUAAUUUGAGUGUGAAAAUGGCCUCGGAUAAGAUAAAGGUUGCCGUUCGGGUUCGUCCCUUUAACAGGCGAGAAAUCGAGCUGGGCACACAAUGCGUGGUGGAAAUGGAACACCAGCAGACCGUGCUGCAAUACCCGCAAUCAUCACAUGAUAAAGAAAGAAAACAACCAAAGACGUUUGCGUUCGACCACUGUUUCUUCUCCCUCGACCCUGGACUGCCGCACUUCGCCUCGCAGAAAACAGUGUUCGAGUGUCUCGGCCGCGACAUCCUAGACAAUGCCUUUGACGGCUACAACGCCUGCAUAUUCGCUUACGGACAAACUGGUUCAGGCAAGUCAUACACGAUGAUGGGGUCACCAGGAGCGGAUGAAGGCGGCAUCAUCCCGCGGCUCUGCAACGCCUUAUUCGAGAGGAUUGCUAAGCAGCAGUCGCCACCCGCCCUUACUUAUAAGGUGGAGGUUUCAUACAUGGAGAUCUACAACGAGCGGGUCCACGAUCUGCUGGACCCGGAGCGGCGGUCGUUGCGCGUGCGCGAGCAUGCCGUGCUCGGGCCCUACGUCGAUGGACUCUCGCAACUAGCUGUCACCUCCUUUAAUGAUAUAGACAACCUAAUGACAGAAGGUAACAAAUCCCGGACUGUGGCAGCUACCAACAUGAACAGCGAGUCCUCACGAUCACACGCCGUGUUCAGCGUUGUAUUGACACAGACCCUCACCGACACGGCGACAGGAGUGACUGGCGAAAAGGUGGCCAGGCUGUCACUUGUGGAUCUGGCUGGGUCGGAGAGGGCUGUGAAAACUGGCGCUGUUGGUGACCGGUUGAAAGAGGGAUCUAAUAUUAACAAAUCACUAACAACUCUAGGGCUGGUGAUAUCGAAGCUGGCAGAUCAGGCAUCAGGCAAGAGCAAUAAGGACAAGUUUGUUCCGUACAGAGACUCUGUACUCACUUGGCUUCUCAAGGACAACCUCGGAGGGAACAGUAAGACUGUUAUGGUGGCAACAAUAUCGCCAGCAGCAGAUAACUACGAAGAGACCCUGUCUACCCUGCGAUACGCGGACAGAGCGAAGAGGAUCGUCAACCACGCCGUGGUCAAUGAAGACCCCAACGCGAGGAUCAUUCGAGAACUGCGCCAGGAGGUGGAAGCGCUCAAAGAGAUGCUCAAAUACGCCACGGUGGGCGAUGUUGAUCACCCCGGGCAGUUCAUAGGUUCACCUGUGGGUGAUGAUGUGCAUGAAAAACUGGCGCAGAGCGAGCAUUUGAUGAAGGAGAUGUCCAGGACUUGGGAAGAGAAAUUAUUAGUAACCAGUCGAAUACAAAACGAGAGACAACAGGCGUUGGAGAAAAUGGGUAUCAGUGUACAAGCGAGUGGCAUUAAGGUGGAGAAGAAUAAAUACUAUCUGGUGAACCUGAAUGCAGAUCCCUCGCUCAACGAGCUUCUAGUUUAUUAUUUAAAGGAUCGAACCCUAGUCGGCGCAGACAGCAUGGCAGACAUCCAGCUAUCAGGCCUGGGCAUCCAGCCCCAACAUUGCCAGCUGCUCGUGGAAGGAGGAGAUUUAUAUAUGGAGCCGCUAGGUGGCGCCAGAUGCUUCGUCAACGGGACUCCAGUGGUCUCGAGGGUUAGACUGGGACAUGCUGAUAGGAUACUGUGGGGCAACCAUCACUUCUUCAGAGUGAAUUGUCCAAAGAAACAUACGACAACCGCUGCGUCGGAACCACAGACUCCUGCGCAGCCGAUCGACUACAAUUUCGCGCGGGAAGAGAUUAUGUUGAACGAGUUAAGCAACGACCCCAUACAGACCGCCAUCUCGCGGCUCGAGAGACAACAUGAGGAGGAUAAACAAGUGGCUCUGGAAAAGCAGAGACAAGAAUAUGAAAGACAAUUCCAGCACCUCAGAAACAUACUGUCACCGUCGACACCCUAUCCACCAUACGCUUACGACCCACUCAAACUUGGUAAAAUGACGGCUUGCACGCCUACGACCGCAGCACGCGUGGAGCGCUGGGCGGCUGAACGCGACGACACGUUCAAGCGGUCACUCGGCCGACUGAAGGCAGACAUCUUGAGGGCCAACGCUCUGGUCCAAGAAGCCAACUUCUUAGCUGAGGAGAUGCGACGGAAUACCCGCUUCAGUGUCACUCUGCAGAUCCCGCCGCAGAACUUAAGCCCUAAUAGAAAGCGCGGCGCGUUCGUAUCAGAGCCAGCUAUAAUGGUGAAGCGGCCGGGCCGCGGCGGGCAAGUGUGGUCGAUGGAGAAGCUCGACAACAAGCUGGUGGACAUGCGAGAGAUGUACGACGAGUGGCGACGUCGCCAGCAACGCGGCGAUGACGAUGUUGAAGAGGAGGAACCAGAAACAGUGAAGACAGUAGACCCGUUCUAUGAGUCACAAGAGAACCACAACCUGAUCGGCGUGGCCAACGUGUUCCUCGAAGCAUUGUUUCACGACGUGACCCUCGACUAUCACACGCCCAUCAUCAGCCAGCAGGGAGAGGUCGCUGGUAGAUUGCAGGUCGAACUUAGCCGAGUCGCUGGCCAAUUCCCUCAAGACCGAAUUUGCGAAGCGGCGUCAGAUAGUUCCGGUGAUAUGCGAGACGAUGAUGAUCCCGCUGAAUCGGCUUCACAGCAGGUGACAAUCCGAGUCGUAAUCAAGCAAGCGACCGGGCUACCUCCAUCUCUGUCGCACUUCGUGUUCUGCCAAUACUCAAUGUGGGGUGGGACAGAGCCCACAGUAGUGGCGCCAGUAGUAUCAGCCGAUACUCCACCGCCACCAGCAUCGCCAAGACAUCAGCAUAUCGCAUUCCGCUUCGAUCAUAAACAUGACUUCACUGUGCCACUCACUGAGGAGUUUGUUGAUCACUGCGCUGAGGGAGCGCUAUCAAUAGAAGUGUGGGGCCACCGCUCGGCGGGAUUCAGCCGUGCGCGCGGAAACUGGGAGGUGGAGCAGCAGCAGCUGGCCAAGGCGCGCUCCUUGGCUGACCGCUGGGCCGAGCUCACCAGGAAGAUCGAGCUCUGGGUCGAGAUCCACGAACUCAACGACCAGGGCGAAUAUGCUCCCGUUGAGGUAGUACAACGGCCAGACAUGGUGACGGGCGGCGUGUACCAGCUGCGACAGGGUCAACAGCGUCGAGUGGCUGUGAGGGUCCGUCCUGCUCAGAAUUCUGGCACUCUGCCCAUCAUCUGCCAGCAUAUUGUUAGCGUUGAAGUUGGCAGCGUUUCAGUCAGAUCUCGUCUGCAGAAACCUCUAGACUCUUACCAAGAAGAAGACUUGGCUGUUCUCCGCGAGCGCUGGAGCGAGGCUCUAGCACGGCGGAGGCAACAUCUGCACGCGCAACUGCAGAAGCUGGUCAACAUGUCGCCUGCUAUGAAGACCGAACGAGACCUGGAAAGGGAACAGUCACUGGUUGAACAGUGGGUCUCGCUUACUGAGGAGAGGAACGCUGUGCUGGUGCCAAGUCCUGGUAGCCCUAUUCCAGGAGCUCCUGCGGCGUGGGUUCCGCCUACCGGCAUGGAGCAACAUAUUCCUGUAUUGUUCCUCGACCUAAAUGCGGACGACCUCACAACUCACCCAUCCGGCGAGGAAGUCACAGUAGCGGGGCUCCACUCCAUUCUGCCUAAAGAACACGGCAACAAGUUCUACGAGCUGCAGAUCCUGCAUCACCACGACAAGGAUGUCUCCGCAAUCGCAUCCUGGGACUCCUCCAUACACGACUCGCAGUACCUCAACCGGGCCACUGAAGCCAACGAACGUGUGUACCUGAUUCUGAAGACAACAGUGAGACUGUCGCACCCUGCCCCAAUGGAUCUCAUACUUAGAAAACGGCUAGCACUCAAUAUCUAUAAGCGACAGAGCCUUACAGAUAGGAUACGGAAGAGAAUCGUCAGGAUUGACCAGCUAUCACAGACUGGCGUGACGUAUGAAGUGGUGUCGAACAUUCCGAAGGCGUCUGAAGAGUUAGAGGAGCGCGAGAGCUUAGCGCAGAUCGCUGCCACCGGAGAAGAGGCGAGUGCUGCGGAUGGAGAGACUUAUAUCGAAAAGUACACGCGCGGCGUAAGCGCUGUGGAAAGCAUCCUCACCCUAGACCGGCUGCGUCAGAGUGUAGCAGUCAAGGAAUUGGAGGCGGCGCGCGGCGCUCCCAUCACACAGCACAUGCGCAAGACCGCGUCCGUACCUAACUUCUCGCAGAUCAUGCGAUUGGAUUCGUCGUUCGAAUCCUUGGCGGGGCUGGCAGGCAAUCGCUCCGGAAGUGUUGCGGACCUCGUCGACGAGACGCCGCGCCGCACCGCGCACCGACACUCGUAUGCUGCGCCGGCGCACAACGACCCGGACAUGCCCACGCCCACCAAGCCGUUUGGAUUGGCUCGUCCAACGUUCCUUAACUUGAAUUUGAACCUGAAUUCACUGCGACUACAAACGCCCAGCAAGUCGUCCCCAGCGAGUGGCAAACUCGGCUUGCGUAUGACGACGCUACACGAGGAGCCAGGACGGAGGAACGAUGAUGAUUCUCAUUCCGAACCUGAAUCCGCCCCUGCUGAUGAACUGACCACGCCGCGCUCACAUCGCACACGAACCAGGGCGCCAGCACGUGGGUUCCUGCCGACAUCGAAGACGUUGGACUCGCUGCAUGAGCUGGCGUGUGACCGCAUACCCAACAAGAACUCGCCCUCGAUAUCUUCUAGCGGCUACGGUUCUCAAGCUGUCUCAUCAACAAACCUUACAAACGACGACACCCUAUCAAUCCGGAGCAUGUCAGUCGACGACACGCCUGACUUCGACAAAGCCUUGGACUACACACAUCUAAGUCGAACAAAGACCUCUAUGGCGGGACUCAGGAACGAAAUCACUGAACUGAGGAACGACAUUAGUGAACUGAAGAACGAAAUAGUUGAGUCAAAGAAUGAGUUGGAAGAAUCAUCGUUUGAAAAGGCGAAGACGCCUGUCUUGACUCCAGGUUCGAGGAGGAUCAAUCCUUUUUUAAGGGAUUGUGAGGAAACUGCUAAGGACAGUCAGAAUGAAGGCCCGCUAGUGGAUCCUUUGGGAGCGAUUCCUGUCGAGAACCACUCUGUUCUAUCUACGCAGGGCAAGAGCGAACCCGUGCAGCUGAACGGCGAGAUGCAUGAUAAUUCAUUGGCGGACGCAGACGUAGAAUCCGUGAGUUCUGAGCAGUCGAGUCACGAUGCUGAGCGCAGUCGUGAAGCCUCAUCCAUUGGCGAGAGUGACUCCGCCUCCACCGGACCUGAACACACCGUCGUCAAGACGCAACUGCCUGCUGGGAAGGUGGUCCGUCGCCGCGCGGGCGGCGGCGCGAGCGCGCGCGCGGCCGCGCGGGCGUCGUUCCCGGCGGCGGCGCGGCCGCGCUCGGCCGUGGACGCGCACGCCGCCGCGCGCGCGCUGCACGACACGCCCGCCUCCUCCACCGAGCGGAUUGGGGAUGAUGAGUCAUCAGAGAGCUCUCGCGCGAUCCCCGUGCCAGACUGGAUGACAGUAGGCGAGAGUGUUCAACUGAGGCUCAGUAGCAGCACGGGUGUGGUGGCUUACGUUGGGCCCACGCACUUCGCUGGAGGCGCCUGGGUUGGAGUCGAACUUGACGCUCCUACUGGCAAGAACGACGGAUCAGUCGGCGGCAAGCGGUACUUCGAGUGUCGGCCGCGGCACGGCAUCUUCGUGCGGCCCGACAAGCUGGUGCAGGACCGGCGCGGGCGCAGCGCGCGCGCCUUCCGCGAGAACGAGCUCAAACGCGCCACCAGCAAGGGUGAGGGCCUACACAACUUGCAUAGAUCACGGAGUCGCGGCGAGAGCAUAAACGCCGUCGGCACCAAAACUAGGAGCAAAUAAACUUGAUCCGACGGGCGCGUACGUAUAGCACACUCGUAUUACAUCGCUCGCCCCGUUCAGACGACCCGACACACCAGCGGACUAAACCAGCCAUGUAUCGGACCGAAUUUAAUACAAACGUCCACAACUCUCCAUAUUACUUGUAUAGUGAAACCCACAUUUUUUUGUUGCAGUCGUGUAACGCAAAUGGUGCUUUGUAUGUAUCGUAGAUGUUGUUUUAUUUAUCAUUACCACGUCGGUAAAGCAAUAUCGUAUGCCUUUAUUUGUUGUUCACAUUGUUAAGGGGCUUGUUGAAGGAAAUAAGAUCGUCUCGCGUUCAUUGGCCCGUCCAAUAAACCGCUGUAGACGUCUCGAUACAGUUUCCACACGUUUUGGGGAGGUUAAGUAUUAACAGUAUGAAAUUGUUUCGUUUUAUAUUAAUUUUCAAUUUUAUAAUCAGUGACAUAAAUCUGUAAAUAAAUUCGGCAUGUGAUUUAUUUUUUUUUAUUAUAUGAGUUCGGUGUAAAUAUGUGAAUUUUGAGUGUAUUAUUAUUACUUACAUAAUUAAUUUAAUAAUAAUUUUAGAACCAAUGAAAUUUUUGUGAUCGGUGAUAACUUAAGGUUCAACGGAUUAUUUGUAUAGGAAUUUUUACUGAAUAGUUUGUGGUAUAGACGUUAUGGUAAAUUAUUUAUGUAUUUUAGCUCAUUGACUAUGCUCUAUGCUUUCUCUUGUCUAUGGAUAUACACAGCUAUAUAUACUUAACUUAGUAUAUGUUAUCUGUAUUUUAGUGAUAUUUAACCCAGUACAAUCCUGUCCUAUAUUGCAUUUUAAAAUUGCUCAGAUGCAUUUUGUGUUUUAAUACACUAUUGUCAGACUGUUGUGAUAGUAUCUUGCCACGCGACUAGGUAACCCUAAAUAAAAAACAACAAACUUUAUUUUUUUAUUCUAACGCCUGCUUUUGCCCUUCUAAUUUAAAAGGUGUACGAGUAACUCAAGUAGAAUUUUACGAAAUCGUCCAUAUAUACAUCUUCGUCCUUAUUAAGACUUGUACUUAGUACAAUAAAGUACAGACGAAUUCCAAAAUAAAAUGCCCUAAAAAUUGUCAUUUUUAGCCAUGGGACAAGUCAUAAGAGAUGAAACAGCGGCUUAUUUGUGAUAAUCGCAUAUGAAACGAGAAUAUACGUGUGUUCUAACAAAUAUAAAUAUCUAAGGUUUCCCGUGUUUGAACUUCAACGAGUGCUCGCGUAAAAUACUUCGCUUAUGACUUGCUCCACAAUAACCUAUUAGGUUGUGUAAAUGCAUAUGAUCUAAUAAUCAAAUGUAAAAAUGUUUGUAGACGUGUCUUAACACGCUGUACAUUAAAAAAAGUCAUUUGAAAUUGUCCUCAAUUUAUUAUCUCCAUCCACGUUCGAACAAUAAUCGAUGAAUUCUAUCUGUAAAUGUUAGUCUGUCUUGUUGUUUAUCCAUUAUAAUAGGGUAAAAGUGUGGUAGUUAUUUUGAAUAUUGCCUAAUUUCGGGGAAUAUAAGAUAUAGCAGCGUAGCGCGUGUAUCCUUGUUAGGGGGUGUCCACACUUCACUCGCGGAGUGACAUAGCCUAGCUCACCUAAUGUAUAUUCCAUCCUUUUAGAGUAUUCGUUCGUAAGUACACUAAAUUGAGUACACAAAUAGAGUAAACGCCUCGUUAUUUACUAGUGUUUGUAAGGUUCACAUUCGCGUACAUUGUAGCCCGCCACUUGCCUCAUUCCUGUAAACAUGUUGUAUAUUAACAUUUACAUAAUACCCUAUAAGUAACUAGAGUAAACAAAGUUAUCAAUAAUAUUCAAUACAGCUGUUUCGCACUCGAGAAUUUAAUGCCAAUUUAAUAUUUUGUAAGCGUUGACUGACAUCAUAAUUGUCGCACGUAUUACAUAAUAUCACAGUUUACAUUAUAUCGAUGCUUAUUAGACUGUCGUACUUAAAACAUUCCAUUUUUUCUAUACAUUUAUCGUUCUAGCAGACUUCAGUAGGUAAUAUCUCUCGGGAUUACUUGAUUAAUUAGAUUUUUAUAGUUAAAUGCGACUUGAAUGGCGUUAAUUUUGCAUUUUACGAUUUUGAACUUAAAAGGUUAAAUUAUAGAGCAAUAUUAAAACUGGCCCUAACUAGGACAGCUCAAUGUGUAGUCGACGUUAAAAGAAUAAAGUAUUUUCAAAUAAAGUAGGAUUGUGUCUUUGAACCUCUCGAUGUGCUUCUGUCCAGUAGUUGGUAGGACAUCGGCGGCGAGCUGACGCGGACCCUCGGUGGAGGGCGCACGGUUGAAGUUGGCGUGGCGGAGUAUGCACUAGGGCUCCUAGGUUUAGGCUAAUAGUGACCUUAAAUGCAGCGUUGUAGGUCCUAAUUUAAUUUUUAGUAAAUAAGCUGACCAUGUGCUGUGCUUUUGUUUUAAACAAUAGUUUUUAGGUAAAUGAAAUUAUUUGUUUUAUAUUUUUGUUUCAUGUAGCAGAUUUUGUAUUUAUUGCAGUCAAUUCAACAAAUAAAUAGCUUUUAUGAUGUAAUUAAUUAUUUUGUGAAAUCGUGUCGCAUGUUCACUAGCGUAGAGGACUAAGUUUGUUUGCCAGUUUUGAAUUGUAAAUUGACAUUAUUAUAUCACAAAUGGAAAUGUAUUUCUAAUUCUUUUAUGUGAUAAGCGGACGUGUAGGCAGCUACUCGUAGCAUAGAUGGUUGCAUCUUCAUUAUGUACACAUAAGCAUAAUUAAAUAAAGAGAUUUUAAUAUUUAAAUAAUUAAAUACAAAAAUAGUUCACUUCUAGUGGAAAUAUUUUUGCCAAGUAGCAAAUUCAAGUCAACCAUCGCUGUCAUUAUCAAUAAAUGUAUUAUAAAAUA